AUGCAUACCUUUUUCAACUGCCCUUUUGCUCAGGAAGUCUGGAAACUAAUCCUUUUACGACAAGUAGUUCACCUAGCUACGGAGGUCGACUUCAAGAAGGCGGUGAUUGCGUUUAGGAGAGUAAUCUGCCUCUCACCUUCGGGAGUCUCCUCAACUAUUCUCCCAUGGGUGUGCUGGGCUUUGUGGACAGCUCGUAACACGCUCUUGUUUGAAAAGCGAACCCUUACUCCUACAGAAGUAGCAACCAAGGCGUUAAGACUGGCAAGAGAAUGGAUAAAUGCACAAUCUCAUCAGAUACAAUCAACGAACGCCUUACCCCAAUCGAAGAGAAAGCCUCAGACCAGAAGCAACACCGACGAUACACCGAUAUGCAAAUCGGACGCAGCUUACGAUGCUCAAUCAAGGAGAGCAGGCCUCGCAUGGAUCAUCAAUAAGCCAUCAGAAAGCAUGAUCUACCGAGAAUCGAAGACCCAUGGAUUUGUACCCUCACCUCUAGUAGCGGAAGCGCUGGCGCUCCGUGCUGGACUGAUCGACGCAGUGAAGCUCGAGCUCCCUAAGCUCCGGAUGCUCUCUGACAACUCAACGCUCAUUAGAGCAAUCAACAACGACGCGCAGGCGAAAGAGAUCUUUGGUAUCAUCAACGAUAUUCAACAAAUCUCUUCUGCGUUUGUCGAGAUAUCGUUCUCACACAUCUCGCGUUCUUUCAACGAAGAUGCCGACCGCUUAGCUAAACUAUCUCUUUCAAUUUCAUAA